AUGUCGGUGGCGACGGGCAGCAGCGAGGCGGCCGGCGGGGCCGGGGGCGGCGGCGCGCGGGUUUUCUUCCAGAGUCCCCGGGGCGGCGCCGGCGGCAGCCCCGGCUCGAGCAGCGGCUCGGGCUCCUCCCGGGAGGACUCGGCGCCCGUGGCCACCGCGGCUGCCGCCGGGCACGCUCAGCAGCAGCAGCAACAGCGGCGCCACCAGCAGGGAAAAGUGACGGUGAAAUACGACCGCAAGGAGCUUCGGAAACGGCUGGUGCUGGAGGAGUGGAUCGUGGAGCAGCUGGGACAGCUGUAUGGCUGCGAGGAAGAAGAAAUGCCAGAUGUGGAAAUUGACAUUGAUGAUCUUCUUGAUGCAGACAGUGAAGAAGAGAGGGCUUUAAAAUUACGGGAAGCUCUUGUAGACUGCUACAAACCAACAGAGGAGUUCAUCAAGGAGCUGCUCUCUCGGAUAAGAGGCAUGAGGAAGUUGAGCCCCCCGCAGAAGAAGGCUGUAUAAUUCCAGCCCAGGUGGAACUCUGCUGGAGACCCAGGAAGGAAUUUGGACUUCAAGAAGACUUUUCUUAAAGAACUGUUGUCCUUAUGAGCAACUUUUUUGGGGGGUGGGGAGGGGUGGUAUCUAUUAGACAUUUAUUCAAGAGUGUUCCUUUUUUGGUUUUUAAAGGGUUGGUUGGUGUAAUAUUUUAAUAGCAAAGAUAUCACAGACUCUGGCUUCAGCCCAACCAGAGAGCAUCAAAUCAGGCAGACAUGCAAGGAGGGGCUGGACCAGGCAGCAUCUUCUUGGAGAAACCAGAUACAGGGAUGAUGGUUUUCUUACAGCUAGUUUGGUAAUACUUUUUUCUUGAGUUGUACAUUUGACACAGAGGUCGAAUUUCUUGUACUUGUAUAUAUCUACAGGCAACUAAGUUAAAAUGUGGAUGUGAGUUUUAUUUCGCACGGAUGGAAUAAACUUGUGGUCAUCCUUUUAUUGGAGGUCAUGGCACGUGUGUUUUCAAGAGGCCACUAGGUCUUCUUCGUGUGAGUGCUGGAGACCUCCAAUGUUCACUUUCUGCACCAAAGUGAAAAGAACUCAGCGUAUCUUUAAUGAGCUACACUACGACAAUGUGGAGUUGGUCAAGGGCUUAAUUUAUGGACUUUGUAUUAUUCUGUUAAUCGGGAUGCUUUGCCAGGUCAUGUACUUAUUGCCUCAUUUGUGGUAUUUUAAAGUUUUCUGAACCCUUUCUUUGAAUGACUAUUCGAAUUUCUUGGGAAAUGUUCACACUAUGUGAGGGGUGUUUGGCGGUGGAACCAGAAAGCGCCCUGUAGCAAUUCAUUCUGUGCUUUCUACCAAAUACCAUGUAUUAUUCUCUCUCCAUGAAAGCAGGUCAUAAGGAAGUGAGCAGAUUCAGUAUCUUCCUCCUUAGAAGUAGAUCUGGUCACUUCUGUGCCUGGGGGGCAUCAGACCAGGGUGGGUGAGCUGAACGAUGAGCCGGUGUACAACUGAGAAAAACCUCAGCUCUGCUGGAGAAAGUCGAUGCAAGAGCGUUGGCUGGUUUAGAAGUGUGGUAGAGAUUUCCUUUCUGGCUUCUCUCAGUGGCUUAUGCUGAGGACUGUGGCCCUAAUUGUGCACCCCGAUCCAAUCCCUUUGCUUGGAGCUGAGCCUGGGGCACCUGCUGAGCCCCUCUCAGUUCGAUACUGGCUCCUUGGAGAAGGAUCAAAAUGCAGCUGGGUGUGGGUGGGGUCAAAGGUCAGAGUAGAAAUUCUUGGUGUUCUCCGGGAAGCCCCCACUGCCUCCCAUAGAAACCCUCCUCCCUACCGUAAGGUGUCUCUAGGUGGCCCUGUCAGAGGAACAGGGGUCAGGCAUUUUAUAUCAAGGGUGCUCUGAACAUAUUUUAUUUUUUAAAAGAACUAUGUUUGUGAAUUUUAUGUACACUGGCAAGCUUUUGAAAAUGUAUUUAAUUUUGUAAUGUUUACCAAUGAUUUAUUUACAAGCUAUUUACUCGAAUAAACGAAGCUGCUUACACCUCU